GUUUUCUUCAAUCAACCCCAGCUGAUAACACUAUAAAAUAUCAAUUCCUUCCCUUUCCUAAAUCAGAUAAAAGUCUAAAGAGACUGUAUUUCUUAUCUUGAAAAAAUCAUUCAUUGUUGUGAGGUCCCGAAUUGGAUUAUUAUAGACCGUUGAUCAAACAAAGGAUGGCAGACGUGGCAGCAAAGGAGCGCAAGAUCUUGGUCGCAGUAGAUGAGAGUGAGGAGAGCAGUUAUGCUCUUUCAUGGUGUAUAGAGAACAUAAUCCCUGGAAAUUCCAAUGAUACCCUUAUCCUUCUCUACUCAGUACCACCUCGAACUGUUUACACUUCCUUGGAUGGAUCAGGUGAGAAAGACCACCCUCAAGGGUAUUUGUUUUCAUCUGAUAUAUUAGCGACCAUGGAGAGGUACAGCAAUGAAGUAGCACAGUGCGUUAUGGCGAAGGCGAAACGAGCUUGCAAGGACUUGGAUGGGGUUAAGGUGGAGACGAUAGUAGAGCAUGGUGAUGCAAGGGACGUGAUUUGUCAGGUGGCGGAGAAGUUACACGUCGACAUGCUCGUCGUGGGAAGCCAUGGCUAUGGUGUCAUCAAGAGGGCAUUUCUUGGGAGUGUGAGCAACCAUUGUGCGCAGAAUGUCAAGUGUCCAGUUCUCAUAGUGAAAAAGCCAAAAACCAAUGGCAGCAACAAUUAGAUUCGUGCGUUAUGGAAAUUUGUUUGAGUAAUGUAAAUAAAUACGCAGGGUUCUGUGAUUUUGUUGUAAUUUUUCAUUUUUCUUGUUUGCCUUUAUUUAUGUAAUUCUGAAUUGAAAUUGCUGAAUAAUUAUAUUUGUAUGAUUGCUUUUCAAAGUUA